GCCAGAUUCGACAAACGCUUUUGCAACCGUUCAGUUGACUGCACAAGGGGGAGAGCGAGGUACGAUGGACAAGCUCAUGAUCGACAAGUUCAAGAACGCCUUCGAUGAUGCGAAGGGGCUGGUCAAGUCCAAGAUGGGCACGGACACGGAAAAGAAGCUGGAAGAGGCGCUGUCAAACAAAAACUGGGGCGCGUCCAGCACGUUACUGAAUGAAAUUGCCCAGUUGACCUACGAAUACGAAUCCUACAACCUCGUGAUGAAGAAGGUGUGGGAAGCCAUGGACGCGGAAGGUCGUCAAUGGCGCACCGUGUUCAAGGCAUUGGCUCUCUUGGACCACUUGAUCAAGAACGGCACGGAACGCGUUGUCGAGAACGCGCGCGAUCACAUGUUCAAGCUCCGCACGUUGUCCGACUUCAACUACUACGACGGGUCUGCCGACAAAGGCGCGGGUGUGCGGGAAAAGGUCAAGCAAAUCCUCGACAUGCUGAACGACAACGACCGCAUCCGCGACGAACGUGACAAGGCUAAGCGGUUGCGCGAUAAGUACAUUGGCGUGGGCUCCACGGGAAACACGGGCGGGUUCUCCAGUGGGGGCGGCUAUGGUGGCCAAAGUGGCGGCGGCGGUUACGGCAACUCGGGUUCGGGCGGGUACGGCGGCUCGGGGGGUGGUUACGGCAACGACUCGGGCGGAUACGGAGGUCAAAGCGCGGGCGGAUACGGUGGUCAAAGCGCGGGCGGGUAUGGCAACGACGGAGGCUACGGCGGCAGUAACAGCGACCGGACCAACAGUCGAGACCAGGACAAUGGCUAUGGCGGCAGUCGGACGGGCAGUCGUGACAAAUAUGCAUCCAAGCAAGCCGACGACGCGGAAUCCGAAGAAGAGGUCAAACCCAAGCCCCGCCGCACGUCCAAAACGAAGCGAGCCACGAAAAAGGAUGAUUCGGUACGGUUCAAUAUUCAUUUUGGGAGGUAUUUUAUUUGUUGGUGCUUCAAUGUGGUGCAGGUUGUCGCCGACGACGACGAGCCAGUGCGCGCGCCGUCCAACGCGCCGUCGCUCUUGGACCAGGACUUCUUUGGCGGAUCUCCUGCCGCCCCCGUCGCCCAAGCCGCCGCUCCAUUGCACACGUUCGACCCGUUUGCAGUCGCGCCUGUGGCCCAGCAGCAGUCUGGAGGGUAUGGGAACUUUGGCCAACCGCCCAGUCAAGCCCCUCCAGCUGCGUUCAAUGCGUUUGCACCGCCGCCAGCCCUGGGAGGUUUGAACCAAUUUCAAGGCGGGUUUCCUGGCGGGUUUCCCCCACAACAACAGCAGCUGCAGCCACCUCUAGCCCAAGGAUAUGGCGGUCAAUACGGAAGCCAAACUGGCCAGUCGGCUCCGUUCGUCGGAGCUCCUCCCCCGGCGCCCGUACAGUCGCUUGGCAAUCCGGCGCAGUACACCUCCCAGCCUAAAACCAACAGCUCUGCACCGCCCUCUGCGGCCAAGUCGAACGACGCGUGGGGCGCGGGCUCCAACUUGUUUGACUUGUCCAACUUGGGCCAGUCGUUGCCGUCGGCCACCGGAGGACAGAAGCCCAGCGGACCGGGCUUGGCGCCUCAAAACAGCUUCCACGGACUGGACACGCUCGCGGGCCUCCCCAACAAGCCCCGUCCGUUAGGAGGAGCGCCAGCUCCUUUGUACGGAGCCCCUACGCAGCAACCUUCGUAUGGCCAACCUCAAUAUGGACAGCCGCCCCAGCAGCAGCAAUAUGGACAGCCUCCGCAAGGAUAUGGCCAACCGCAAUAUGGACAGCCGCCCCAACAACAGCAAUAUGGCCAACAGCAAUAUGGACAACAGCAAUAUGGCCAGCCUCAACCACAGUACGGACAACCUCAACAGCAGCAGCAGCAGCCAUUUGGUGCAGGAUUCCGUCAAUUCUAGUCGAUGGAAUAUUUAGGCUGGAGAAAUAAUACUAUAACAAGCUAGCAAGGGUGGACUAUUGUGAUGAAGUAGGCAAUGUGUGCAUCGGUCACGACGUCGGACAAGGGGGUUUCAUAGAUU